UGCUCACAUCCAUGUCAGUUCGCUGUUAUAUCAAGCCACAAAGUGUUCCUGAAAACAUUAUUACAUAGAAUAAUUUUUCUUCAUUUGUCAUUCUCACAAGCUGUCAAAAUAAGUUCCUCUUUGCCUCCCCACCUUUCCCAUCGUGGGCAGUCCAACAAUCCCUUCCCCUUGAAUUCACCUGAAAAGAGGUUCAACUACGGCUCAAAGCUGAAUCCAUACACCCGAGCCCGGGUGACGGAGGCGUGGCAGCAACAUGCUGUUGCCCCGCCUCCAGUGGUGCACACCAUCCCACCAGGGGUGGACACACUGGGCUGCACCGUCUAUGGCAUUGUCCUCCAGCCGGACACGGCAUUGCAGCAACAAUCCCAGCAGCAGCAGCAACAACAACAGCAGCAUCACAGUCAGCAGCACAACCAGCAGCAGCAUCCGGCACAAGCGCAGCAACCCUCCUUGCAUGUCGGGAGCGAGGGAGGACACAAGUGUGGUGCGUGUGGCCAUGACAUCUCCCAUCUGGCUAAUCCUCAUGAGCACCAGUGCAUGGUGAGCCAAGACCGUUCGUUUCAGUGCACGCAGUGUCUGAAAAUCUUCCACCAAGCCACUGACCUGUUGGAGCACCAGUGUGUACAGGUGGAGCAGAAACCCUUUGUGUGCGGAGUGUGCAAGAUGGGCUUCUCCCUGCUAACUUCGCUAGCACAGCAUCACAAUGCCCAUAACAGCGGCAACCCCAUGAAGUGCUCCAUAUGUGAAAAAACAUAUCAGCCGGGUUCUGGAAAUGCCACGCCAACUUCGUCAACGGCCACUCCAGGGCAGCCAUCCAACGACGAAGCGUCAUCCAGUGGCAGCGCUGCCGUCGGGACAUCAGGUCAGCCUACGUUCGAGCCUUCGCAACCUGACAGACCCUACAAGUGUUCGGUGUGCUCCAAGGGCUUCCGUCACUUAUCUGAGCUCACCCGUCAUGAACGCGUCCACUCGGGCGAGAAGCCUUUUAAAUGUGAAACAUGCGACAAAAGCUUCAGCCAGUCCUCACAUCUAGCCCACCACCAGCGUACCCACAGCUCCGAACGGCCGUUCAAGUGUGCGGUGUGCGAGAAGAGUUUCAAGCACCGAUCCCACCUAGUCCGUCACAUGUACGCCCACUCGGGUGAGCACCUGUUCAAGUGCAACCUUUGCGAGUUGCACUUCAAAGAGUCUUCUGAGCUCCUCCACCACCAGUGUCAGCCGCAAGGUGCUCGGCCGUUUCGCUGCGCCACGUGCGGGAAGGGCUUCAAGCGUCCGUCCGACUUGAGACAGCACGAACGCACCCACUCGGAGGAACGCCCAUUCCACUGUGAAGACUGCCAGAUGAGCUUUAAACAACAGUACGCCCUGGUGCGCCACAGGCGAACGCACAAGCCCUCUGCCGACCGCCCCUUCAAAUGCAACCUGUGCGACAAGGGCUUCCUGCAGCCGUCCCACUUGUUGUACCACCAGCACGUUCACGGCAUGGACAACCUUUUCAAAUGUGCCUCCUGUGGAAAGGGCUUCAGCCAGUCCGGGGAGCUGCUCCGUCACAAAUGUGGUGAGUCCUCCUCGACACCCAUAAAUCCAGACAAGCCCUACAAGUGUGACGUUUGCGGAAAGGCCUACAAAAAAGCCACCACGCUACAGCGCCAUCAGAAUUCCCACUGCACCGAGAAGCCUCUCAAAUGCUCGCUGUGUGACCGACGCUUCCUGUCCUCCUCAGAGUUCGUGCAGCACCGAUGCGACCCAUCCCGGGAGAAGCCCUUGAAAUGUCCUGACUGCGAGAAGCGUUUCAAGUACUCCUCGGAGAUGCAGCGGCACAGGCGUGUCCACACCGGAGAGAAGCCCUACAAGUGCGCCAGUUGCGACAAGGGCUUCAAGCAGCGCGAACACCUGGCCAAGCAUCAAAGCGUGCAUGCGAGAGAUGCCCAGUUUAAAUGUGUAUGGUGUGGAGAGCGAUUCGCUGAUCUAGGAGCCCUUCAGGAGCAUACUGUCCAGCACACGGCUGAAGGUGGGGGGUACCCUGUGUCCUCUCUCAUUCAGUAAUUUGUUCCCCUGAUUAUCAUUUGCAAAGGUAUUAUCAAUCUCCGCAAACUACCCCAGACAAAUGAAUUCGUACAAGGCCCAGUAACCUCAUAAUACCUCAUUUUGUUCUAAACAUGCAUAUGCUCAACAAGUUGUUAUUCCCUUUUUGAUAUCAAGAGGCAUAGUUGAAUUGGAUUUUAUCGACAAAAAGUUAUCGAUUUGUUGGUUUACAUCUAAAUCCUGGGAGGAGGCAAGGGGAGAUCUCCAAACUCUGUCCCAGAUAGCACUGUGAUCCUAGACCAGUAGGGCGGCAUUUGCCCUGCAUUGUGGCUCCUUGACCCGACGUGGCUCACAAUGCCCCCAUCAAAUCUCUAGAGCACAAGACAAAAAACGAUUCAGUCUGCAACUAAUUGUUAAGUCUUGAUCCUUCAUAUUAAAUCAGCUAUACAUUUUUGGUAGUACCUAGUAUGGUUGAAAUAUUGCUUACUGUGUGCCUCUACGUUAAUAACUAUUCUGAUCACUAGCCUUGCUCCAAUAUGAGUAUGUUGUACACACAUUUGGAGCACCUCUGGCAGCCUACUGUGCGCAUUUAGUUCACCCCAAAGCUAAUGACAAAACAAAAAGGGGGACAAAGUUGUUCUGUUAUGAACUGUUGAAACUGGCUGUCUAUGUCAAUGUUGACGUUCCCCUCGAUGUGGCAACUAAUGGUAUGUACCAAAAUCUACUACUGUACUGUACCAGAACUUAAACGGACAGAUCGUUAACCAGCAGAAGUAUAA